GUGGGGGUUGGCCCGGUGAUGUGUUCUCGCUCGCUCGCUGCCCCACGGAUAAGAACAGCAGCUCUGGCCUCUGCUCUUCUUCCUUAGACAGAAGGAGCCACUGCUUUUCUUCUUCCUAAAAAAGGCAGACUUUGUAGAUGAAGCAUGACACACACAAAGAAAACGCACAAAGCGUAUGUGUACAACUCCGUGAAUUUUCCCGAAGUGAGAACACCGUUGCUCCGACAGAUGCGGCUUCCCCCAGAGCAUCUGUUCACUGUUAGGCCAAUUGUUUUUCUUUUCCGACAGUAGCCAUGGGUAGUUUUCCUUCGUUCCUGUGAAAGGAGUCCCCAAGCGGGGGGUGGUGGUGCUGUUUGGCUGAGCUGGUGUGUUUCAACCAAGAGCUUAGUGUGAUGCCCGGUGGUCAGCAAGCCAGAAGCCCCAGGUCCCCCACAUUUGGAACGGCUCUAUCCCUCUCACAUUGCCCCUGUCAGGAGGGUCAGGAAGAAAAGUGGGCCCCUGGUGAUGGCCGCAGGGAUUUGGCCCAGGGCUGUUGCUGGGCUCCAGGCUUUCCCUGGCAGCACCUGCUGGUGCCUGCCCUCUCCAGUCACUUGGUGGGGAGCGGCAUUUGGGAUUGCUGCUGCUCAGCUCAGAAGGACCCUUUUCAGCUGGAACCCACAACUGUGAGAGGCCUUCUACAGUUGCUGGGAGAGGUCUCUACCUCCCAGCCCCAGUCUGGCCUCCCCUCAGGGAAGGAGAACAGCUGUACCAGUGACCUCCUAAGCCCUGGGGGCGUUUGUGUCUGUGUAAGGCCCCUCCCAGAGGGCCCCAGCCAACAGGAAAUGGAUGACAUGUCCCGGUGUCCCAGCGUGUAUGUCCCCUAGGGCCUGGAAGCAGUGGGUCCUGGAGGCCUGGGCUCUGUCCAAGGCCUGUGUCCCUCCCUCGAGUGUGGGCUCCACCUUGGGGGUCUUAGCUCAGGGUGGCUGCUCUGUCCUUUGUGCCAACAAGGUGGGGACAGUCCAUGUCUGAGAAAGAGCAUGCUCCAAGGUGAAGUCCUCAGGGAAGGGGCUCAGAUGGAGGAAUGCAGUGCUUGCUGAGAAACCUGCAUCCCCAGUGAGCUUACCUCUGGGCAAGGCAAGGCUCAGGGUCCCAGAGAACGCAGGGCUCACGGCUGCUUGGGGCUGGUCUUGCUGCGUAGAGGCCACGUGAAAGUGUGAGAGGCCAGGAAGGCUCACGCCCCUCAGCCUGAGAGAAGACAGCGGGGAGCUUGUCAUCUUCCGGGGUCCCCAUGUUUAGACAGCUGCCAAGCCCAACUGUGACAAGAGAAGUCAGUCCCCUGCUGGGAACCCAGCCCCAAAAUAGGCUGGAGGGUUGGAGUAGCUGCCAAAGCCCCAUGAGACCACCGAGGCUCCUCUGAGGGCUCACCAGACAGGGGGUGGGGUUGGGGUGCAGGCUCGUCCCCCGGUGUGUUCUCGGGCUCCUGCACCAGUGCCCGCAGCCACGAGCAGUGUGCCUGCCUCUGGUUUCCCUUAGCCCAGCAGUAACCCAUUUACAUUUGGGUCUUUAUUUUCGGGAGCUUAGUAAGUAAAUCAAGGUUCGUUAGAUUUUAACGUGCGUUACUUUAAUUGUUAAUGAGAUCGUAAGUUAUUCCAAGUGCUACGCAUAACAAACUCUCAUCAGUUUCCUUGAAAACAAAAAUUAAGCCAUCACGUUCAGCCCUGCACACCAUCGUGAGUGGUACCGGGGGUCGCGCACAUCACCUUGCCCUGUUCAGCCCGCUUGUCUCUGAAAUGGGGGGAGGCGUUGGCUGGCCCGGGGUGGGGGUAGGGCAGUGCCCAUGUGAGAUGGGCAGCUGGGGUCCCGUCAGCCUCCAUGACCAAACCCAAAGCCGGGCUGCCCCAACCCAUGGGCCCUGUGGCCGUGCGUGCAUGAAGUCAGGACCGUCUGUGGUGCUGCCAGCCGCCCUGGGGCCAUCGGCCGUGGUGGUGGUGGUGGUGGCGGCUGCGGUGGCAGCCCUGGACCGAGCCUCUCUCCUCUCUUCCAGCGUGCCCGGCAUGGUGCUCAAGGCCUUCUUCCCCACAUGCUGUGCCUCGGCCGACAGCGGCCUGCUGGUAGGACGGUGGGUCCCGGAGCAGAGCAGCGCCGUGGUCCUGGCUGUGGUGCACUUUCCCUUCAUCCCCAUCCAGGUGAAGGAGCUCCUGGCCCAGGUGCAUCAGGCCAGCCGCGUGGGGCUGGCCGUGCUGGGCACCUGGUGCCACCGCCGGCAGGAGGCCGAGGAGAGCCUGGGCCACUUCCUGGAGGGCCUGGGCGCCAUCUUCUCCCACGAGCCCUGGCUCCAGCUGUGCCGGGAGAGGGGCAGCAAGUUGUGGAGUUGCAAGGCCACCCGCCGGCAGGUGCCUCCCCACCCUGGCGCCCCCUACGAGGACCAGGUCAUGCUCGUCUUCUACGACCAGCGCAAGGUGCUGCUGUCCCAGCUGCACCCGCCUGCGGACCUGCCUGACCGCCAGGCUGCUGAUGCCACGGCCAGUGCCGGGGGCUUGGCUGCUGUCUUUGACACGGUGGCGCGCAGUGAGGCUCUCUUCCGAAGUGACCGCUUCGACGAGGGCCCUGUGCGGUUGAGCCACUGGCAGUCGGAGGGCGUGGAGGCAAGCAUCCUCGCGGAGCUGGCAAAGCGGGCCUCGGGGCCUGUCUGCGUGCUGCUGGCCUGCCUGCUGUCCCUCAUCUCAGCUGCCAGCGCCUGCCGGGUGUUCACGCUGUGGCCCUUGUCCUUCGUCUGGAGCAAGCUCUCCGUGUGCGAGCAGCUCAGGCACCGGCUGGAGCAGCUCACACUCGUCUUCAGCACCCAGAAGGCCGAGAACCCCACCCAGCUGAUGAGGAAGGCCAACGUGCUUGUCUCUGUGCUUCUUGAUGUGGCCCUUGGCCUGGCGCUGCUGUCCUGGCUUCAUGGGAAGGACCGCAUCGGGCAGCUGGCGGAGGCCCUCGUCCCCGUGGCCGAUCAUGUGGCCGAGGAGCUCCAGCAUCUGCUGCAGUGGCUGAUGGGUGCGCCCGCUGGGCUGAAGAUGAACCGGGCGCUGGACCAGGUGCUGGGACGCUUCUUUCUCUACCACCUGCACCUGUGGAUCAGCUACAUCCACCUCAUGUCCCCCUUCAUUGAGCGCAUCCUGUGGCACGUGGGCCUCUCAGCCUGCCUGGGCCUGACGGUCGCCCUGUCCGUCCUGUCUGACAUCAUCGCUCUGCUCACCUUCCACAUCUAUUGCUUCUACGUCUACGGUGCCAGGCUGUACUGCUUGAAGAUCUGUGGGCUGUCCUCGCUCUGGCGUCUGUUCCGGGGGAAGAAGUGGAAUGUUCUGCGCCAGCGAGUGGACUCCUGCUCCUAUGACCUGGACCAGCUGUUCAUCGGGACUUUGCUCUUCACCAUCCUGGUCUUUCUUCUGCCUACCACAGCCCUCUACUACCUGGUGUUCACACUGCUCCGGCUCCUGGUGGUGGCUGUGCAGGGCCUGACCCACCUGCUCGUGGACCUCAUCAACUCCCUGCCGCUGUACUCGCUCGGCCUCCGGCUCUGCCGGCCCUACAGGCUCGCGGCUGGCGUGAAGUUCCGGGUUCUGGAGCACGAGGCUGGCAGGCCUCUCCGCCUCCUGAUGCAGAUAAACCCCCUGCCCUACGGUCGUGUGGUGCACACCUACCGCCUCCCCGGCUGUGGCUGCCACCCCACGCACUCCUGGGGUUCCCUGUGCCGCAAGCUUUUCUUUGGAGAGCUCAUCUACCCUUGGAGACAAAGAGGGGACAAGCAGGACUGAGGGGCCCUGGUCGCCAGCCUGCCCAGACCACCGCGUGGCCACAGUCUACCCUCUUCCCUGCCAGGGGUGUGGACCGUCAGGACAGCACGCAUCCUGGAUCUUUGCCUUCUCUACCCCCAGCUGUCCGAGGCCUCUGUACCUCCUGGCU